UGCUUGCCCACGCCGCAAAGAACGCCGCCCGCCGGACCCGACCCGACCGACCCUGCGGCGCGGCUCGCUUCGUUGGUUAUCUGUGUUGAAAGGCGACGCAACGACGGCGUAUCUGAUCUCGCAUAGCACCGAGGCCCCCCGGAAUCCCCACCCUCUCCGCUGCCCGCGAGCAUCCCGGCUCCGCCGCCGCGUCUCGUCUCUGUGGUCUGGCAUCAGAGUUCCGGGAGAAUGGCUGCUCUGUCGGCAGGCGCGCUGGCUCCGCUCGCAGGUCUGUCUCCUCCGCUCCCAUGGUGCAGCCCGUCUCCGUUAUACUGCCGAAGGAGUCCUCCACUUCUCAAGGUCGCCAUCGCCAAGACGCGGCCAGGGCCAGCUGUUCACCAAUUUGCUCCUGCAAGCCUCCGAAAAUGUGCGGCUAUGUCAGAACAUGGACGUCAGGAGGUCCUGACCAAUGAGUACCAGCUGGAUGAUGAUGAGCCGCUUUGGCUGGCAGUGGUCAGAGACCUUUGUAUUGUUAGGGGUUUGAAGGGAUUGGUAGCUUUCUUGGCUGAGCAGCCGAGGCAACUGAAGCACCUGGAGUGGCCGGGCUUUCAGCACACGAUGAAGACGGCUACACUUACUCUUGUACUGGUAGCUGUGUUUAUUGUUGCAUUGUCAACUAUUGAUGCUGCCCUCUGCUACAUGCUAGCCUGGCUACUUCGAAAAUCUGCGUAGAAUUACGCAGGAAUAUCCAUGUAUUGCUUGAAUAUGAUUUAGCCAGGCUGGAUAGUAGCAGGCACCAGGCACUGCAGCUGGAAUGCAAGCUCUUGUUGUCGUAGGGGUCAGCAAUGUUAUGCUGGCUGGAGGUAGCAGGAAGGUGGAUCUUGCACGGUGUACCACUUUAUUUUGAGAGUACCUGAGAAAAUCAAAAGAGAUGUCCUGCAAAUAGUGCUGAUGCCUUGUGAUGCAGACGCUUAUAGUAGCAUUUGAAAGGAAGGUAUCUGGUUUCAGGUGGAAGAAAAGAAGAUAUAGUUGUCGUGUGAAGCAGUUAAGUAGGUCUAGCCAAAACUUGUAAGGUUUAACAGAGAAAAAACACAUCAUGGAGAGGAUCAGAGAAUUGUGUGUAGUGAUUUGUAACUUCUUUUUUAUGUUAGGCAAACUCGCUUGUAACUUUGCUGGUCCAUCGGCUAGGAUCUGGAGAAAAUUAUUUUUAAGACGUGUGGUCUACUUUAUA